AACUUGUGCAAAGAAGAAGAAGAAGAAGAAGAAGAAGAAGAAGAACAGUAACAGUGGUUUGAAAGAUGGCGGCGCACACACAGAAGAAUAACAAGCCGGGGAAACCUGGAGGAAAAGAGGCACAGCCUCUGAUAAUCGCCAAAACUCCGGCGGAGGAACAGCGUCUGAAGUUGGAGAGGUUAAUGCGGAACCCGGAUAAGCCUGCUCCCAUCCCGGACCGGCCGAAAGAAUGGAACCCGCGGGCUCCGCCUGAGUUCGUCCGAGACGUGAUGGGCUCCAGCGCCGGUGCGGGCAGCGGGGAGUUCCACGUUUACCGGCACCUCCGACGCAGAGAGUACCAGAGGCAGGACUUUCUGGACAAGAUAGCGGAUAAGCUGGACGAGGACGACCAUUAUCUGGAAAAGGUGGAGCAGAACAAAAAGGCAGCGGAUGAAAGAACGGCGAAGCGCAGGAAGAAGCGGGAGAAGUUGAAGCAGAAAAAGGAGAUGGCCAAGAAGGCAAAGCUGGAGUCCAAAAACAAGAAAGGGGACGGCGACGCCGAGAAGAGCACAGACAGCAGUGAAGAAGACGAAGAAGAAGGGGAAAGAGAGGCAGACGAUGAUGCCGAGGCUCCUAGCUUCAUCAUGGGGAGGAAGUAAAUCCAGCAGGCUGACUGCCAGGACGGGGCACUGGUUUGAAUGCUCCUUGGUAGCGACAUUGGGGAUAAUCGAUCAUGAAGACAUGGGGGAGAUGGAGGCCAGAAUCACAACAGCCUCGGAAAGAAGCAAAAACAUUUAAAACCCAGUUUAAGAGCACUGUACAAGAGUGUGUGCUUCCUGUUUUACUUCCAGGAAAAACCUGGAUGGACUGCCUAGUUUAAUAGGCAGAAAGCCCCUCGGAGUGUAUGAUUUUAAUCACACAAUGGUAGUCGGUGUCCCACUUGGAAAAGAGACUGUUGAGACAAAGUUGAUUUUUAUUUUUUUUUCUCAUUAUGUUUUCCAUGAUUUCACUAAAAUGCUAUCUUAGUAGGCUAGUUCUCAUGUUUCAGCUAGCAGGUAUAUUAUCUUCAGGGGCUUCUGGAGCAUGCCAAAAAUGUAUAUCUAUAUCCAAGUUUUCAGAAUUUUGAUUGGAUUGUUGAAUCCCAUAAUGGUAUUUUAAUAAAAGAUGAUGUUUGAAAAGCA